AUGCAGACAUAUAUUGUGUACAUGGGUGACCGUCCAAAGGGUCAAUUUUCUGCUACAAAUUUUCAUAUCAACAAGCUACAAGAAGUUGUUGGCAGCCAGGCAUCAGAUUAUUUGGUCCACAGCUACCACAGAAGCUUCAAUGGCUUUGUUGCUAAGCUGACUGAAGGAGAAAAGCAGAAACUGGAAGGGAUGGAAGGUGUAGUGUCUGUAUUUCCUAGUCAAAAGAAGAAACUCCACACAACAAGGUCAUGGGACUUCAUGGGUUUCUCUCUGAAUGUUACAAGAUCAACUAAGGAAAGUGAUGUCAUUAUUGGAAUGCUGGACUCAGGUAUUUGGCCUGAGUCUGCAAGUUUUAGUGAUGAAGGAUUUGGUCCACCUCCAGCUAAAUGGAAGGGAAUUUGUCAAGGAAAUUCCAAUUUCACUUGUAACAACAAAGUAAUUGGAGCUCGGUAUUAUCUUAGCGAAAGAGAAAUUGCUCCUGGAGAAAUUGCUUCGCCAAGAGAUUCAGGAGGGCAUGGAACUCACACUGCAUCAACAGCAGCAGGAAACAUUGUUGACAAAGCAAGCUUGUUAGGCAUUGGUUCAGGAACAGCUCGAGGAGGGUUUCCUUCUGCAAGAAUUGCUGUGUAUAAGAUUUGUUGGUCUGAUGGUUGUUCAGAUGCUGAUAUUCUUGCAGCAUUUGAUGAUGCUAUAGCUGAUGGAGUUGAUAUAAUCUCUCUUUCAGUUGGAGGGUGGCCUUUGGACUAUUUCCAGGAUGUAAUAGCUAUUGGAGCUUUCCAUUCGAUGAAAAAUGGUAUACUCACAUCCAAUUCUGCUGGCAAUUCAGGUCCUUUUGCAGAAUCAGUUAUGAAUUUCGCGCCUUGGGCACUUUCUGUUGCUGCAAGCACCAUAGAUAGAAAGUUUGUAAGUCAAGUGAAGAUUGGUAAUGGAGCAAUUUAUGAGGGACUCUCUAUAAAUACUUUCGAUCUUGGAAAUACUACGUAUCCUAUCAUCUAUGGUGGAGAUGCACCGAACACAACUGGAGGAUAUGACGGAUUGUCUUCGAGGUUGUGCAGCACUGGUUCCUUGAACAAAACUCUGGUGGAGGGGAAAAUUGUUCUAUGUGAUGCUGAAACGGAUGGAAGAGGGGCUCUAGCCGCAGGAGCAGUUGGCACUAUAAUGCAAAAUGGGUAUUUCAAAGAUAUGUCAUUCAGUUUUGCUUUACCAGCUUCUAUAUUAAGCAUGAGCGAUGGAGCUCAUAUUUUGGAGUACCUGAAAUCAACAAGUGAUCCAACUGCAACAAUACUAAAGAGUAUUGAAUGUAAGGAUCGAUUAGCCCCAUAUGUAGCUACCUUCUCUUCUAGAGGACCUAAUCCAUUAACAAGAGACAUUAUCAAGCCUGACCUGACUGCCCCUGGAGUGGACAUUUUAGCAGCAUGGACUGAAGCUUCUAGCAUGACAAAAUACGAGGGAGAUAACAGAAUAGUUCCAUACAACAUAAUCUCCGGUACAUCCAUGUCUUGCCCGCAUGCUUCUGCUGUAGCUGCUUACGUUAAAUCAUUUCACCCAACAUGGUCUGCUGAUGCAAUUAAGUCUGCUCUAAUGACAACAGCUUUUUCCAUGAGUGCUGACAAUAAUGCAGACGCAGAGUUUGCUUACGGGUCAGGACAUAUAAAUCCUGUAAUGGCAGCUGACCCUGGAUUAAUAUAUGAUGCUGGAGAGGUUGAUUAUGUUAAAUUUCUAUGUGGGCAAGGUUAUAAUACUAAACUACUUCAACUUAUUACUGGAGAUGAUAGCUCAUGCUCUGAGGCAACAAAUGGGACUGUUUGGGAUCUAAAUUACCCUUCUUUUGCUCUAUCUACAAAAAUUGGCAACUCCAUAACUCGAAAAUUUCAUAGAACUGUAACAAAUGUUGGAUCACCAGUUUCUACUUACAAGGCCAUUAUAAAAGAAACAGCAGGACUUAAAAUUGAAGUUGAACCAAAUGUUCUUUCUUUCAAUUCUCUUGGGCAAAAGGAGUGCUUUGUUGUGACAGUUGAAGCUACAUUGAUUAAAAAUGUGAUGUCUGGUGCUUUGAUUUGGGAAGAUGGAGUUUAUCAAGUGAGAAGUCCUAUAGUGGCUCAUGCUACCUAUCCUUGA